GGCUAAAGUUACAAUAGAUCUUAUAGGUCGCGGUAACGAGAGGGGCCGCUCCCGUCAGCAAUAAUAGUCCAGUGACUUCAUUAAUAAUAAUAAUAAUAAUAAUAUUUGUUGAUCACAAUGUACUACACUUCAGAAUAAACAACUAAAAAUGGUUUCCAAUAAACAACUGAUCAAUCUUAUGGUGAGGUUCAAUACAUAUUGUUCUUCCACCUUACCAUAAAGUAUAUAAAGAGAAAAAAAACAGUAUAGCGUGUUAAAUAUAAAAAAAAAGAAUCGCGACAACGGUAUAAACCUAUAAACAAAACAAGAGUUUUAACUACUAAGUUUUAACAUAUAAUACUUAGGUGAAUACUACCAAAGGCCACAACAAGUCGCUAUCGAUACCAUGUCAGUACUCGAAAGGGUUCCCCAGAAAUUAAGAACAAAUUUAGGUAGAACAAAAAGAUUACAAAAACAUUCAAACGCAACAGCAAGAUCUGUGACUAUUAAGAGGUUUACAGGUAUUGCGAACACUGCUGCCCAAACAGAAAAUCAGCAUAGCGCCUCCUGGCGGUGGCGGCAGACCCACACUCUGUCAAUGCGCAACCAGAAGGGAGCUCAUUAAUUACUUUGCAAAUCUGGUAUGAGAAGCAUUUUUUAAAACUCAUAGUGUGGAAUAUUGGUGGAAAUAGCCUUCCCUUAAACCUCACAUUAACUGAGUGCACGUCACCCCGAAAAGACAACUUUUUUACAAGAUACGCUGGUUUAUGUAGAGUGAGUAAUUUAUGGUAAAAACCUACAGCAUGCAACAUUCUUCUCCCCUGCAUGUUCAACCACUUUAAAACCGGCAGCUUACAGCUGACAUGAUCUCUGCGUUUCAACCCAAAAAUUAGUCUGAUACAGGUGUUUUGUACCUUUUGAAUUUUCCUCUUCAAUGCAUAGGACACAAAAGGGUGCAUACAAUGCAUCGCCAUAAUUAAACAUUGAUAGUACUAAACUUUCGCAUAGGCGCACUCUUGCACUAUGAUUAACAAAGGCUCUGUUAGUAUAAAUAAUUCUAAGGCUACUGUAAGCUCUUUGAACGCAUUUAUUGACGUGUUCAUUAAAAGUAAGGCCCUCAUCGAUUAAAAUGCCUAAGUUUUUUACUAUUUUUUUAAUUAGCAAUCUUUUUUUUUGCUUAUAACUUAUAACACUAACUGAACUCUCAUUUCGUACAAUGCUCUGAUAUUUUACACACCUCUAUACCAGAUCAAAUGGAUUUGUUCUCUUUAAUCUAUGGUACAGUUGGUGAUGUUUUAAUUAAUUAGAAAUAUACUGAUGACUGUUAAUAAUAAAAGUUCAAAGGUUUUCAUAACAUGUGUAUAAAUCAGUUUAAUAAAAUUAGAAUGUUCCCAGUGGAGAAAUGUGUUUAUUAAGAUAAUUGUAUUAAAAUAGACAAUAUGUAUACGUAUGUAGCUAGUUAUAUAUUAUAUAGGAUAUUUUAAAACAACGAUUAAACAUUUAUAUGGGAUAGGAGCUGGAGUGGCUGAAUGAACAUAGGUGCCCGCAAAUCAUCCGUUAAUGAGAUAAAAGCGAAUUGUAACAAGAUGGAUCAAUAUUUAGCCAUUACGCCAAGUUGACUUUAAGUAACUUGCAUUGUUUUAACAUAAAUAGUCAAAUAACUUUCCGUUUUUACCGUCUAAGGGAAACUAGGUCCUUUGAAAACAGGUCUUAUGAUAGCGAGCGGCAGAAAUCCAUAUGUAAGUACGCUGAGGAUAGAAAUACAAACUUUAAAUGCAGUGGAUGAAAAUGCCGAAACAAGAAUUUAGGCUCAAGUGCACAUAUUGUUUGAACUCUCCGUAAGUAUUUGGCUUUAACAUAUUCAACAUGUGUAAGGCUUCACUACUCAGGAUAACCGCCCAAGAUCGACAUUCUGUCAAUGGUUUUUACGGGAAGCUGCUGAACGCUCAGACUUCUUAAUUUAUAUUCUGUUCAUUGAUAAAGCUGAUUUCACCAGAAAUGGAACACAUAUUCAACUUCCAUAAUAAUCAUGUAAGUCGUUGAAACCAUAUAUUGGCUGUUAGGACUGAUUGUUUUUCCACAAUCAUUAAACGAUCGUACAUACCUUGAUUUCCUGCCAAACACUCUUCCUGUAUUUUGGAAGAGUUAUCGUUAAAUCGGAAACUAAAUCUUUGGUUUAUGCAAGAUGAAGCUCCGUCGUACUUUACGCUUGCUGUUAGGGAGCAUCUAAACAACAUAUUUUCUUGGAGAUGGAUAGGGUGAGGGGUUCGCACCAUUAUAAAAUUUGAAUCCUGUAGACUUUUGUUUAUGAGGCUAUUUAAAAAGUUAGGUUUACCUGACACCUAUGAACAAUUUAGAAGAUUUGCCCCAACGUAUGGAACACGGUUGUCAGAUAUUCGUGAAAGCUGGCUUGGAAUACCAUCUUCUGUAAUUAAAUUUUCUUUUUCUUUAAAUUUUCAAUUUAGAUGACGUUAUAAAUUAUUAAUGACUCUCAGGAAGUGUAUGCUGUCGUAAUGCAUACAUAAAAAUUUUAUCUGAUUUCAAGUAUUUAAGAUUUCCUAACAUUUCUUGUAAUAGAGAAGCCGUUUUAAAAAAUGUUGUGCUAUUCCUCUUUGCUAUUUAGUGCUGCCUUUUCAUAACUAUUCUGCAGCCUCCUAUAGCUUGUAAACUGUUCUAUUCAGUUUCAAACUCAAUUCCUAACGAUUUUUUCAUAUUCCAGCGAUUUCUAGAUGUAAGAAAACUACUCGCGACUUUCUAAAAGAAGUCAGAGCACUCUUAAUAUGGAGAAAAUCAAUGGAUAUACAAAUUAUUCACAAUGGACCAAGUAAACAUAAUCUAUAAUAAAAUGAAACAUAGUUUUAACUAUUUUCUAGGUGCAAUAACAGGAUUUUAAGUAAGUUUCCAGAUUGUGUUUUCGUUUUCUUGACAUAGAAAACUAGGUUCUUCCUUUGCUGGCCUAUCUACUGAAAGCUUUUAAUAACCUGUGAUAGUUUACGUAGGCUGCAGAUUUAUUACGAUGGAUCGAAAUUGAACUUUCAACAGUAUUCAAAAAUGGAUUCCAUGACUUUGUUUUAAUACAUUUUGGUAUAUACAAAUUUUUGCUUAUUUACAUCUAAUGUUCCAAGAGUAUUACUUUCUCGGGCGCUUACAUGUUAAGGAAUUGUGCUCGGUAUGAGGAUUGUUCUCUAUUUUAAAAAUAAGUUUUCCAGAGAAACCUUUAAACUGCCUGACUCACUGACUUAAGCCUUUGAUAUCAAGUUCAGGUGCUUAUCAGUUAAUAGAUCAAGCCGAUUUAAUUUCGUUAUUAAACCAGGAGGGAAUUUCAUAUUUUGUCCAUCAUUUAUUUUUUAAUCAUCAUGAUUGAAAAUUGCAAAGUAACUAAUAGAUUGUAACUGUUUAUCGAUAGAUUCAUCCGCAUUCUCGAACUCAGUCUCAACUCACAAAUAUCAGGGUCCUUCAAACAACUCAUUCAUAUAUACUGCGUCGGAGCUAUUGCUGGCUGAAUAUGAAUCAAAUUUCUAUGAUUUAUGUUACGCCUACAAAGAGCAGUGAAGGAACUUGAAACAUAUUCAAAUAAUUAAUUCUUAUUUCUACGUUAUUUUUAUGCUCUGUGUUUUUAGUCAUAAAGCGAGAUGUUGAUUAUGAAAAUACUGCAAGUGGUACAAUGGAAGAAAGUUGUAAAGAAAGUGUGGUAAUGCACGUGGCAGUCUCGCUUAGCGCUAGAACCCAAUUCCAUGUUACCUGUUACCCGUUCACAACUGUUAACUGUUUCUCCACGUUGUCCAGUCUACACAUACAUAUACACUACAAGGUUAUUUAACUAACUCUGACAAUUUGAUACAUGCAGAACAAGGAAAUGUGAUAUCAUCAACUUCAAACACAAUACAUUUUCAGAGCAAGUUAUCAAAAAAUAUCUAAACACCCUGAUGAUACUUGAUACAGUUACUAUAAUGGCUUUCGAGUUCUCCAACUCACUUGAAUACUCAAAGACAUCAUUAUCACAUUGACAUUACAUUACUGUAAGAUCCUUAUACUCCCGAUCAAUCUGUCUCCAUUAAUCGCGCAUCGUCUCGUGCGCGUCUUCUCCAUCGUCGGAUUCCCAUUGCUCAAAGGAUCUUUUAUCUCGCCGUUAUCUUGGCACUGUUUACGGAGAGCCGCCAAGUAGUCGACUCUGGUCGUUGGUGGUAUACAUUCUCCGCUCGUUCGUUCAGAAUGCAUUCCAGAUGGUUCAGCCAUCUAAUUCGAGCACUUUUAAUCUCAGCAAAAAGUAUUGGCUUUUCAUAUAAUUGCUAUAUGCGGCGAAGUUCCUUCUUUUCCACGAAUUGAGGAGUUGCUCUCCCUGUCUCAUUCCCGUACAUUACCACUGGACUCACAAUGCGGUAUAUUUGGGCUUUGGUUCUCCGCGACAGCAAUCAUGAUUUUAGCAAGUGCUGAGUGCUCAAAUAUGCUCUAUUUCCAACGUUUAGUCUCUUCUUGAUAUGUAUGUGGUUUUCGUCCUUUCUGGUGAUACGUGAACGACAUUUACUUGAUUUGUCAGGAAACAUAAAAAAAUGUCAUCACAUCGUAUUCAAAUUUCAAAUAGGCAUUUGCCUAAACUUUAAAACAAUAUUGUAGCGAUUGAAGUUUGUUUGCGGUAAUGUUGCUUUAACCAUUGGAUGCAGAUUUAAAAGUCAUGUUCAACGGUGUAGCAAAGUUUUUUUUUCCAUUUUGAUGUUUAUGCCAUUUUAGCGUGACAGCAACGAUGAAUAUAUGAUCUCAUAAACAUAUAUGUUGUCUUCCCCAUAUCAAUUGCAAGCUUAGUUCUUCUUGAUUCCUCCUCAAAUUGCACAAAGUUCUCCACUAAGCUCCCUUCUGUCCUUGCUAGCAAAUCAACAUCAUCACCAUAAUCUCAACAAUGCCCUGAUCUAUUCAGUAGUGUUCCCCCAGGGUUAAAUAUUGAUGAAUUGAUGAAAUACCUUGUUUAAUAUAUCCAUAGGCAUCUGGGGAUCGUCUUCUUCAGAAGCCAAAAUAUAUGUGUGUACUAUACACAUGUUCGAAUAUAGCUCUCAUUGAACACACAUUAGUCCACAUUUGGGAUUCUGUUUAUAAUAUUGUAUUUGAAUUGUUUGAAUGCUUCUGAUUGAAUGUUUCUACAGUUUUUUGCACACAAACCCCGUUUCCAUAGUCGAAGCAUCCAAGAUAUAAAUUUCAACAUAAAUAAAUGUUAAAGAGCAAAGACCUUGUUAACGUAUAUUUAAAUUAGUAUAGGCAACCCAAAUGGUUUUGUAGCAACAAUACAAAACAACAGAUUUACAUAUCAACUUUUAAAUUUAACAAAUGUCGUUCGCUGUUCUUUAACUAUUCACAACUUAAUUUAUGUAUUAAAUUAUUUUGUACCCUAAAAAAUAAAUAAAUUAGUCCAAAUAGUUGUAUAAGCAGCUAUCUGUUGGCGCCAUCUAUGGAAUCUUUGAAAAGCUACAAUAGAUAUUAGUGCGCAGGCGCAAUUGUAAAAUACGUUGAGAAUCAAUUUAAAAAGUAUAAAUUGUUGCUAUUUUAAAGCGAUAGUAUAGUAUUGUUAAGUUUUAUAUGAAUAUUUAUAUAAUCGAAUUACGGAAUAUGGUUUAAUUAUACGCUAAAACAAAGGUGUUGUCAAAGUGUUUGAAAUGUCAACAUAACCUCUAUAGCGUGGUUUUGAAGGAAUUUAAACGGUCAAAACGGCGUCAUGAGUAGUUUUUGAAUUUAUUUAUAUCGAGAUUUACGUUAUACAUUAUUUUAUAUAAACUAUUGACUAUGAAGGAGAUUCUCGAUUUAUUUCAAAAGGCUCAGAAGAAUAUUUCUACACAUCAAAAACUCUUAGGGUCUUUAAGAAAUAUCUAUAAAAAUGGUAAUACUGAAGAACUGCAGGAUAGCCUUUUUAUUUGUUUAGACAUAUUAUUUUGUGGUGACCACAAAAAUAACAAAGAAAGAACAAUUCGAGUUAUAACAUUUAUAGCUCAGUUUUUAUUGGAUUUACUAACAGAACAUGAUGAUGAUGAAAAUGAACAUCCUCUUGUUAGAGCUGUUAUCAAUAGAACCUUACAACACACGACCCUUAUUAAUCCAAGUUGUAGAUAUCAUUCUACAAAACUUUUAGAAACAGUUUUUAGAAGAGCUCAACCUGACUUUGCUAUGACUGUUGAGCUUUGUGAAGACAUUCAAGAACAUUUAAUUGAUAGGUUUAUUUCAGAUAAUUUUAUUUCAAUUCGUCUUUUGAGUGCUUUUCCAUUAUCAAAAUUACAGGAUAUUGAAAAUCCUAAUUGUUUGAUUGUGAAUACAUUUAUGCGAAUGUGUUGUGAUCCUAGUCCAUUGAUAAGAAGAACAGCUAUUAAACAUAUAGCAUUAACUCAUAUAUCACAUGAAGUUCCACUUAAAUUAAUGCGUGAUGUGGAUGUUAAUGUACGUUUAGAAGCAUAUAAAAGAGUUAGUUUGAUAAACCCUAAAUUAUUAAAAAUCGUUCAACGACAACAAGCAAUAAUAAAUGCUAUAGAAGAAGAUCAACUAUCUAUAAAAAAAGAGUUUCAAACGACAUUGUUAAAAAAAUGGGUUUCAAUUUACGAUUACAACCUUCUGGAAUUUUUUAAUAGCUUAUGGCUGGAUGCUCAUGUGAACGAUAUUGAAGAAACGCGAGUAAUUUAUGAUGAGUUAAUGAAAAUAUUUUUUAAGUGUUUUCAACGGACGGAAAUUUUAAAAUAUUUACCUAUAGGCGAUGAUGGUUUAGUACCAAUAAAUCAGCUUACUCCGGAAGUAUCUGCUUAUUGGUGUUAUUUUGUUCAAAAUUUGCAAAAAGAGGAAAAUCCUGGAGUGGAAAUUGAUGCUGUUUUACCACAAUUGACACCGUUUUGUUUAUAUAUUAAUCACGUAAUUAAUUCAAAAAAUAAUUCACAUUCAGAAGAAUGGCAAAAUUUACAAUUUCAAGAAAUUUUGUUUAAUCUUUUUCAAAUGGUCGCCAUAUCAGAUUUAGCUGAUGAAGUUGGUCGCCAACAUCUUCAAACUUUAUUAAGAGAAACUUUAAUGGUACCAAAAUUGAGUAAGAAUGUAAUGGAAAAAAUUUUUGAAUUAUACAAUACGUUUAUUACUAAUGAUGAAAAACAAUGCGACGAUGUUUGCGCUAUUUUAUCUGAUGUAAGGGAAGCUACAAGUUCAAAAGAUGAUGUACCAAUAGAACUAAUAGAGGGCCAAAAAGCGAAUAUAAAAUUUCUCAAAUCAAGAAUGAUUGGACUAGAAAUUACAAUACAAAAAGCAGUUGAAGAAAAAAAUUUCCAAGAAGCACAAAAAGUUACUGACGAAAUGAAUGAAUUAUCUAAACAAAUUUUAGAAUUAGAAGCGGUUGUUAGUCAGUUUGAACAUGUUAAUAAAGAACGAGAUGUUAGGUCCGAUUCUGAAACGAUGUGUCAGUGCUUGGAUAUUUUAUCGGUUUUCUUAGGGACUACAAGAAUUCGCACACUAACCUCUUCGUUAAGAAUUUGUCUAAGCGAAUUUGUCAUUCCCGGAAUGGACAUUGACGACGUCGCUUUGCACGCAAAAAUUUUUUUGGUUCUUGGACAAUUUUGUGUUCUCGAUAAAGAUCUUGCUGUAAAUAAAUUACUUUACAUGUGCACACCACUUGUUGCCACCAAAUUCGGUAAAUCUGAUAAAUCUUCAAUAAUCAGUUCGUUAAAAGCGAUUUCGGAUAUUAUUCGCGUUCAUGGAUCGGAUAUUUUGGGAAAUGAUGAGGAGGAAACACAGAGUGUAAGUAGUGCGGGAUCAAAAUCCGGACGCCGUAAAUUGUAUCAAGAAACUGCAAAUGAAGAUGUUGUUGCCCAAUGUAUGAAUAUAUCAAAGGGCGCAAUUAUUGAUAUUAUUUUAGAUUUAAUGGACGAAGAGGAUGAAGAUAUAUCUCAUACAGCAGCACUUGCAUUAAUGCCAUUAGUAAUAAAUGGAUUACUUGUUAAUUCAUCUUUGCUGACAAGAUUGUUUUUGAAAUGGUUAAAUCCUAACAUAGAAAAACAUGAUCCAAAGAUGCAUCAAAUUCUUGGAAGUGGUUUAGUAAAAUAUGCGAUGCACAUAAAAAAUAGCAUGUUAGUUAUUCAACGUGCAAUCAUACCUACAUUAAAUUUUAUUGGAAAUGCCCCGAACAAUAGUCCAUUUCAAGAUAUUGAAUUGGAGUUUGCUGUUAAUUCCUUGUGCAAUAUGCUAAAAGUUCAACGAACUGACAUUUCAUCUGUACAUAAAAAUUUAAUAUUAGAAAUAAUACGUACCAUAAAAAAUCGACCAAACUCAAAAAGUGUAUUCAUAUUGACGAAAACGUUAUUCGUUUUAUAUGAUCAUAAAUACCGGGAGGAAACUUUCGUUUCUGACUGCGUAACAGAUUUGGAAAUCGCAAUGCAAUAUCAAAAUAAUGCUAAAGUUUUAAAACUUCUCAUGAAAUUUAAGAAUUCGCUAAUUAGUGGAGAAACGAACAAGACAUCUACGACGAUAAAUACCAUAACCAACACGACCCGAUUUACUGAAGAAUCAGGUCGCGAUCGUACAAUUACAGAUAAAGAGAACGAAACUCCAAUUAAAAAUGGUGAAGUAUCAAUUAGGCUAAACUCUAGUGUUGGUAAAAGUAUAAAUUCGGGGAGCAACUCACCAAUAAAACCUCCGUCGAAGAAAAAGGUUAAGAAAGUGAAUAAGGAUAAUUUCCCCCAGUUAGCAAUAAUUGUGGAACGUUCAGAAGAGAUUGCGAAAUUAGUGGAAGAAACUAAAUGUACAGAUAAUGCAUCCACGUCGUCUGAAGAAGAAAUAUUUGGUAAAAGAAAACGUAAUAGUACUAAAAGACGAUCACGAAAGGAACUUAAAAAAGUGGAGGAACCUCCAGAGAUUACUUGUUCUCUGUCAUUUUCCUCAUCUUCCUCAAGUGGUCACACGAUGUCAACAAGAAGCAAAAGCAGACAUUGAUUGUAAAAUACUAAUAAAACUUAAUAAAUUUCAUAACAGUUUAGAAAUAAAGAAGAGGAACCAGUAAAGGUAAUGUUGCGCUGGAUUAUUUAUAUUUAUAUUAAAGCAAUUGUAUUCACUGUAUUUUCUAUUAUAUAUUAAAGAUAUAUUAUAUUAUAAAAGUCUA